AUGAGCUCUGAAGGUAGAGGCCGUCUCGCUGGCAAGAACGCCGUCAUCACUGGUGCUGCUNNGGGCAGUGGCAUUGGCCUCGAGACCUCCAUUCUCUUUGCCCGCGAGGGUGCAUCUGUUCUGAUGUGCGAUAUCUCAGCACCUGCUCUCGAGAAGGCUCUUGCCAAGGUCAAGGAGAUUGUUCCCAACGCUGCCGGCAAGAUUGAGACUACUAUCUGCGAUGUCAGCAAGGAGGCCGACGUUGCCGCAACCGUCGAGAGGGUAGACCCUUGGGGUGGUCUUGAUGUCAUGUUUAACAACGCUGGCAUCAUGCACGCCGACGACGCAGAUGCCAUUGACACCCCAGAGAAGAUCUGGGACCUUACUCACAACAUCAACGUCAAGGGUGUCUGGUUUGGCUCAAAGCAUGCAGUGCAAGCACUACGCAAGCACAAUAAGACUAAGGGAUCCAUCAUCAACACUGCUUCCGUGGUCGCUCUGGUUGGAGCAGCAACACCCCAGCUCGCAUACACAGCUAGCAAGGGAGCUGUUCUCGCAAUGACCCGUGAACUUGCCAUUGUGCACGCACGUGAAGGCUUCAGAUUCAACGCUCUGUGCCCUGCUCCUCUUAACACUCCUCUUCUUCAGGACUGGCUGGGUGACGAUAAGGCCAAGCGCCAGCGUCGUGAGAUUCACUUCCCUACUGGACGUUUUGGUGAGGCUAUUGAGCAGGCACAUGCUGUUGUCUUCUUGGCCAGUGAUGAGAGCAGCUUUGUCAACGGAACAGACUUUGUCGUUGAUGGUGGCAUGACCAAGGUAUGUUGCAAUCGAUGUCCAGAGAACGUGUUGGUGCAAUGGCUAAUUUUCGACAGNGCAUAUGUCACUCCUGAGGGACCUCCGGCUCCUGCUCCUACCAAUCUCGCAAAGUAG